GUUGUGCUUAUGAACAAUGAAAGUACAUGCAUGUAUGCCGGUAUACUACUAGGUACUAUGUAGGCAGUACAUAGUUAUUGCGAAUUCGGCAUGUGAAGAGUUGCCAUGUGAUCAAUGCUUUCGUAACUUUACAAUGGCCCGUUGAAAGUUUGCUACACCACUUCCUAUCACAUACUAAGACUACGAAUAGAGUGUCUUAGCUUCGAGCUUCUUUCAUUUGCCUCGACAUACAUCGCAUACGUCGUAUACAUUGCUCCUCCUGUAUCUCCUUUUCUCCGUCAACUUUCCCAUUACCGCCCCCAAAGCUUUCCAAAGGAGACUGUGGCCAAAGCCAUCGAAUUUAGACCCCCAAACCUCGACGAGAAUGUGAUCCGAUAUAAAAUUUCCGUGUUUUUCAAUUAUCCUUUUUCAAGCGGUUCCAAUAACCCUCUUUUAAGACAACCUGUAGCCGCAAUACCAGUUCAAGGGGGGAUUCGAUGGCGUCUUUAAACCCUCUUCAGUUAUUUAUCUUCCCAUUCCUCUUUUGCGUUGCCCUCCCACUUGCCCUAUGUGCCGGACUUACGACUAUUAUGGCCUUCAUGGUCUUGUUUCUGCGCUUGUUCCUCGUUUAUUUCGACGUCGGACUCGAAACGUUGCGCUAUGUGCUACUUGGCCAUGCCACGCAGGCCCGGUACAUGGCAUCACGCCAGACUCCGUCGGACUCCCAAUCGGCUUCCCAGGAACCCUCGCCGCCAUCGUCUCCCGAGGCCCGAAAUCAUCGCCGGCGUAUGAGACCAGGUAGCAUCAGCAGUGGCACUGUGACACCAGCCAAUGGCCUUGACGGACUUGCUCUAACGUCUAGCAUCGGGCUCGAGAGGGAUUUUGAAGGGGUUGGUGGGUGGAGGCUCGACAGAAUAGGCGCUGAUGCGGAUUCCCCGGAGAAUGACCAGUGGUACAACCUCAAUUCGCGACUUGAGAUCCUCGACCGUCGGCAUCACGUCCGAUCACAAAGUGGAGGCGCCGUACCAUCGACAAGCAGUGGGCUGGGCAUUUACGCGAAAGGGGCAAAUGCACCAACCACCCGCAGCCCCGAGGGAAUAAAACUACAUCCAUCCCCUAACAGUUCGAGAUCGAGAACACCAACAAAUAGCCGGCCACAGAGCUUUCUUAAGGUCGACGGUGACGACCAUUUUCCUUUAUUGGAUGGUAGGCAUAUCAAGAAGAGUCGACACUAGGAUAUUGACCGACAAAGCAUUAUAGUGAAUUAUCGGAUAUGAAAGAGACGUGGCGGAUGUAAAUACUAUCUAGGCACUUUUAUUCGGAUAUAUAUGUUGGUGGGCAUUAGGUAUGGAAGGAUAUUUCGGUCUGGAUUGGCAAAAGUUUCAAAAUCUAACGGACAACGGGACCAAACUUGUUUAUCUGUUUAAUUUUGAGGGAUCAUUAUUGCCAU